AUGGCGCCUGCAGUCGUGUCCAACAUCGCCUCCCGAUUCCACCGCAUGAGCCAGAGCAGCGGCGACAAGGAAGCCUGCGCCGCACGAGAGGAGGAGAAGCAGAAAUUGUCCGAGUGGGAGGCAGAGAAACGUCCUCUUGAACCCUCAGAGAUUGUCGUAGAUCCGCAGCAAAAACCGGUUGGACAUUCCAGCAAGCUCCUGCGCAAGGAGGAUUUCGAAUUGAUCAAGACACUCGGCACCGGCACAUUUGCGCGAGUAUGGCUGGUCCGGCUGGCCGACAAGUCCAAUCAGAAGAGCGGCGCAAACAGCGAAUACACCAAGAAGGUCUUUGCGCUAAAAAUCCUGCGCAAAGUGGAUGUCAUACGGCUGAAGCAGGUUGAGCAUGUGCGUAAUGAACGCAACGUCCUGGCCGCAGUCGCGGGACAUCCCUUCAUCACCACCAUGGUAGCCAGCUUCCAAGACGCCGAGACGUUGUACAUGCUACUCGACUAUUGUCCCGGCGGCGAGGUGUUUUCAUACCUGCGGCGAGCGCGAAGGUUCAAUGAGCCCACUUCCACAUUCUACGCUGCGGAGAUAGUCUUGAUCUUGGAGUUCCUGCACGAAAAGGAGGGUGUCGCAUAUCGUGAUCUGAAGCCGGAGAACAUCCUUAUUGAUGCUGACGGCCACUUGAAACUCGUGGAUUUUGGAUUUGCGAAGAAGAUUCAUAACAGAGAGACAUAUACGCUAUGCGGAACCCCCGAAUACCUCGCGCCGGAGGUGAUCCGCAACACUGGUCACAGCACAGCUGUGGAUUGGUGGGCCUUUGGCAUCCUCAUCUACGAGUUCCUUGUCGGCCAGCCUCCGUUCUGGGAUCAGAAUCCCAUGAAGAUCUACGAACAGAUUGUGGAGGGCAAAGUCCGCUACCCCAGUGCAAUGUCGAAAGACGCACGCGAUAUCAUAAGCGGCUUGUGCACAGUGGAUGUUACCAAAAGACUAGGGAACAUCAAAGGUGGUGCGGCAACCGUGAAGAAGCAUCCGUGGUUCAAGGACAUCGACUGGGAUAGACUUUACCACCGUAAGAUGCAAGGACCGAUUGUACCGCAUUUAAAAUCUGCGGAUGACACGAGAAAUUUUGAUGAUUACGACCCAGAGCCAGAGAAGCGGGAGCCCUAUACCAAGGAAAUGCACGAGAAGCAUGAUCGCAUGUUUGCGGAUUUCUGA